AACUUGGGCAUUAAUAAUAACGCACAUGAAAUGCUCAAAAACAUCGCUACUUUUUCAGCGUUUUAUGCUUUGCCAAAUUUCUCCGCCUUUCAUCGGUUCCGGUUCAAGAAAAUGUUACAGUUACACACAAUCUCGUCUUCAAUUCACUCGUCUUCCCACACAUCACUUGCCAAUGAGACUUGGCCCACUUUACGCCGUCCAUUUCUUUUUCCGGCAUUCCCAAGGCGGCAUCUCCGGCUGCCGUGUCAAGGGUCGAGCUUUACUCCAGUCAGAAGCUGCAAUGCUUUUGCAUUUGAUUUCAAGGGCGGAAAAGGGAUGGGCGGAUUCCACGAAGUUGAACUUAAGGUCCGGGACUAUGAAUUUGAUCAAUAUGGUGUUGUAAAUACUGCUGUCCAUGCAAGUUAUUGCCAACAUGGUAGGAUUGACUUCUUAUUUAAUAUUUCAACAGGACGUCAUGAACUUCUUGAAAGAAUUGGUGUAAAUGCUGAUGCAAUUGCCCGUACUGGUAAUGCAUUAGCACUGUCAGAAUUGUCACUAAAAUUUCUUGCACCUUUAAGGAGCGGAGACAGGUUUCUCGUGAAGGUGAGGGUAUCUAACUCUUCUGCUGCUCGGUUAUUCUUUGAACACUUUAUCGUCAAGCUACCUAAUCAAGAGCCAAUUUUGGAGAUAUCAAAGAUGACUACUCUCUAUAAGCUUAUCCCAGAGAUUUCUACAUCAGAAAGUAACUGGUCUGCAAAAGUCUUUAUCGCAGGAAAACAGCCACCAAAAACUGAUCGUAGUUCUAUACCCGAUAUCAAAACCUCAUUCUAA